AUGACUGAGGCGGUGAAGGAGGUUGCAACAGCCAUCAGGGAGUGCAAACCCCUUGACGUCCACCCUGACCUGUAUGGCGCUGUUAUGACCCAGGGUGGCUUCAGCGACGAGGCUCUCAUGGCAGCUCUCAACCACCUGCAUGACAACAAGGGAAAGUGGUAUGCCGUGUUCAUCGGUAAGGCUCCAGGGGUUUAUAGUUCAUGGGAAGAAACCAAUGCACAAGUGGCAUCUUAUAGCAACAACAGCUAUAGAGGGUUCAAGACUAGGCAGGCAGCAGAACAAGCUUACUCCGCCUGGGUGCGAAAGCACGGAGGCAGCCGUGUUGACAGUGGCAAUGUUGGAGGUGUCAAAGUGGAAGGUGCUAAGGUGGAUCGGUACAAGACCCCCUUCGUUCCUCUCUCCUUCGCCAGAUCCAACCCGCGCGCUACCCCCCGACCCACGCCGCCGCUGCCCCGACCCUCGCCGGACUCCACCCCUGCCGCCCCCGCGCCCCCGCGGCUCAUUUGUUGUGGCACCCCCGCCAGACUCCACCCCCGUGCCCCGCUAGCCCACACGGCUUCGUUGCGGCGCCGUCGCCGUUCUCUACACCGACCUCACUGUCCGUCCGCCGCCGCCGCCUCGUGCUCCGGCUACUCCCUCCCCUCGUGCGCCCACAUACGGCGGCGAAGGUGCCCGGGUCCCCCGCUCGCCGUCUCCUCCGACUCCUCCCGGGCCGUGCUCGCUGCCCCCCGUGCUCGCCGUCCCCGAGCCGAGCGCCGCCUCCCUCGCCGUCCCCCCUCCGCCCGCGCCCACGCCCUCGACGUCCUCCCGCCCAAGCCUCGAGGGCACCCGCGUGGAACGGAUCCUCACCUCCGACCCCAAGCUCCCCUUCAAAGUUCAGCGUGCCGGAGGCGGCGCCCUUCACCGCGGUUCUCAAGUUCGUCGCCGAGGAGUUCAAGGUUCAGCGUGCAGGUCUUGCUGUGCGUCAAGCGCCUGGUCUACACCAACGACGCAGGGGAGGUCGUCAAGGGCGUCUGCUCCAAUUUCCUCUGUAUCUGGUCUGAAAUCAAGUCAAAUUAACUUCUAAGCAUUUAGGUUUAGCAAGUCAAAUUAUCAGUUUCAUACAUUCUUUGAUUCCAGAGAUGCCGUCGUAUGUCGUGUACAAGAGUAAGGUUUCCGGAGU